AAAAAGUUUGUCGAUAAGUCAGAUGAUACAAACAUUAGUCGGUAAUUUAUCAUCACAAUAUUCUGUAGAUAAUUUGUCAAAAUAUUCCCUCUGCUGUAUCCUUUCCAAGUUCGAACAUCUUGAAAGAUGACAAAAGGGACAUCGAGCUUCGGUAAACGCCGAAAUAAAACCCAUACUCUCUGUAGAAGGUGCGGAAGAUCGUCAUACCACAUCCAAAAGAGCACAUGUGCCCAAUGUGGCUACCCUGCUAAAAAAAUGCGAAGCUACAACUGGUCUGUCAAAGCCAAAAGGAGGAAGACAACCGGAACUGGUCGAAUGCGACAUUUAAAAAUCGUGAGAAGGAAGUUUAAAAAUGGCUUCAGAGAAGGGCCACGUCCGAAGACCGUAGCCACCAAAUAAAUUGAAUAAAUUUCAAAAUUUACAAAAAGUUAA